CGCGUGGUUGUCCGGGUCUUAGCCAGUGUUGUGUGACAUUUUUUUCAAGUUCUCGGUCGUCGAGAUCAACGUUUUUCAAAGAUUCAUUUUUUUUAAAUGAAAGCCUUUUGACAUCUGACAAACAUAACGAUUAACUUUAUUUAUUAGGAACAGAAUCAACACGCAAUUUAUUAUCAUCUAAAAACAAAUUACACAAUCGGAUGUCUAAAUUCAAUUAGGAAAACAACCCACUGUGCCAACAUACUUUUAAACUCAAUAGUUUUUACGCAACCCCGGAGUGUUUUAAUAACUGCUCAGUUAAAGACUGUUAAGUAAAUCAUAAAGUGAAUAUUUAUUAAACAGAAGUAAUAUUAAAUCAAAAUUUGGAAACUUAUAUAAACAAAGAGCUUAUGUGAUUUUUGAACUAUAGCCAAAUGUUCCGCAUCAUUGACUCGUUCUGUGAAUCAUUGUAGUGGUGCUACUUGGGGGCAAUGGAGCUAGUUUUGUGAAUAAACUUUAGUGAAAAACAAUGAGUUGUUGUAAAAGUGUGCCUCCCAUUAGUAUUCCACUAAAUUUAAACAAUCAAUCGGACACCUAUAACUGGCAAGGUCCAGAUGUUAUACGAGUAUCGAGGUUCUACAAAGAUGCAAAAGAUGGCAAAUUCGUGAGUUAUUUACAUCCAGACGCGACCACCUUAUACGAGAGUUUUAGACGAGGCGCCAAAGUUUCAAAUAAUGGUCCAUGCCUGGGUUGGAGAGAGUCAUACUCAAAACCAUACCAAUGGCUGACUUACAACGAGGCCCUUUUGAGGGCGAAAAAUCUCGGUUCCGGAAUGGUGGAGACCGGUUUAAAACCGGGAACGAGUACCAUGAUCGGUAUUUAUGCCAUCAAUUGUCCCGAAUGGAUCUUGGUAGAGCAGGCCGCGUACUGUUAUAGUAUGGUGAUAGUUCCUUUGUAUGACACUUUAGGGGCGGACGCAUGUAGUUUUAUCAUUAAACAUGCUGAUAUUCAAGUAAUAUUAGUGGAAGAUGACACGAAAUGCAACUCUAUACUGGAAAAGUCGCCGAGGUGUCUGAAAAAACUAAUAGUGUUCAAGGACGUGCGACCGGCGACCAAGCAAAGAGCGAAAAAUAUGGGGAUUGAAAUUUUAAAGUUGCAGGAUGUGGAGCUAUUGGGCUCGAAGGCAAAUCAUCCGGAAGUUCCUCCAAAACCGUCAGAUUUGUGUACCAUUUGCUACACCAGCGGCACCACGGGCACUCCAAAAGGCGUCAUGUUGACUCAUGAAAAUGUCGUGGCGUCAAUGAGCUCAGUCGUACUACAAUUCGGCGAUCACAGGUUAAGAAGCGACGACGUCAUGUUGUCCUUCUUACCAUUGGCUCAUAUGAUGGAGAGGUGCUGUGAGUCGGCGAUGUAUAUGCAAGGUGGCGCAGUCGGAUUUUAUCUAGGAGACGUACGUCGAUUAUCGGAUGAUAUGAAAGCCUUAAAGCCGACAGUGACCCCGGCCGUACCACGAUUAUUGAAUCGGAUUUAUGAUAAGGUGCAAUCGGAUAUUAGCGGAAAUUGCGUUAAGAAAAUGUUGUUUAAUAUGGCGCUUAGUUCUAAAGAAGCUGAAUUAAAAAGGGGAAUUGUAAGGAAAAACAGUAUGUGGGACAUGUUAGUGUUUAGGAAAAUACAAGAGGGAAUGGGAGGAAGACUGAGAUUAAUGUUAGUUGGGUCUGCGCCUUUGGCUGAGAACGUUUUGAAUUUUGUACGAUGCGCCAUGGGCUGUGUGAUUGUGGAAGGUUAUGGACAAACAGAAUGCUGCGCUCCAGUAACAAUGACAAUCCAGGGGGACCACGUACCGGGGCACGUAGGACCUCCAUUAGCUUGUAAUUGUUUAAAAUUAUGCGACGUACCAGAAAUGGAAUAUUGGUCGAAAAAUAAUCAAGGAGAAGUAUGUGUGAAAGGUACCAAUGUCUUCAAAGGUUAUUUCAAAGAUCCAGAAAAAACAGAAGAAGUAGUCGACGAGCUCGGUUGGCAUCAUACAGGAGAUAUUGGAAUGUGGAUGCCCAAUGGCACAUUAAAAAUAAUCGACAGGAGGAAACACAUCUUCAAACUGUCGCAGGGCGAAUACAUCGUACCAGAAAAAAUUGAAAAUAUUUAUAUCAGAUCUCAAUAUGUAGCUCAAGUUUUUGUACACGGAGAAUCACUAAAGUCCUGUAUAAUAGCGGUGGUAGUUCCGGACGUAGAUGUAAUAAAAUGCUGGGCGCAAGAAAAUGGGAUCCCCGGCACUUUUAGUAUCCUAUGUAACCAUCCCGAAGUUAAGCAAUUGAUUUUAGAUGAUAUGAUCGGUUGGGGCAAAGAAAGCGGACUUAAGUCUUUUGAACAAGUUAAAGACAUCUAUCUCCACCCGGACCCGUUCAGCGUGCAAAACGGCCUUCUGACCCCCACUUUAAAAAGUAAACGACCACAACUAAAAACCUAUUUCAAACCGCAAUUAGAUGACAUGUACUCACGACUCACUUAAGGCAAAUAAUUAGAUACUUAGUUAAUUAAGUUUAAAGCACCCAAAUAUUAUUCUCUUGCCAACUUUUAUUAAACGUACCAUAGCGAGUACGACUAAAUAUGAAAAAAAAACAAGUGCAUUUAGGAAAUUUCGUCUUUUGGCUUACUUUUUUGACAAUUGAUAUUUAAAAUGGUUUAGCAGAAUAAACAAGUUAAUUUUGUCAUAAUAAAAAUAAAGCAGUGCGUUUUGUUAUUUAUCUGUACAUAAUAAUUGUAUCUAGUUUAUAAUUAGUAUUUAAACGUCAUGGGUACAGGUGUUCGAGUGGAAAUUGAAAAUAUUCGGUUUCCCCUCGUACGCUAUAUAAUUAGUUAAUAAUUAUAUUGUUCUGCACUGUAUUACUGUUAUUUCAAAAGCCAUUAAAAAUCUAAAUUUA